AUGGAAAGAGUCCAGAUCUCAUCACAGCCGGAUCCACAGACUCCUUCUGGAGCUUUGAUUCAUGUGCCGCGUUACUUGGGCAACCUGCCCUUCAGAGUCUGGAAGAAGAUGCAGGACAUGGUCCAGAACACUCCUGUGAUUCUGGAUCCAAACACGGCUCAUCCAGAACUCGUUCUGUCUGAUGAUCUGACCAGUGUGAGAGUCAGCGGUGAUGAUCAACCUGUUCCUGAUAAUCCAGAGAGAUUUGACCAUUAUCCCUGUGUUCUGGGUUCAGAGGGGUUUAACUCAGGAACACAGUGCUGGGAUGUGGAGGUUAAAGAGAGUCAAUACUGGAGUCUUGGAGUAACUACAGCAUCAAACCAGAGGAAGAGAGAUUUCUUUAACACUGGUGUCUGGUGUGUGCAGUACGGAUGGUCUCCAGGUUCUGGUUUUGAUGUUAAACAUAAGCUUGAUCGUGUGAGAGUGAAUCUGGACUAUGACGGAGGAACAGUGUCCUUCUCUGAUCCUGUAACUAACACACAUCUACACACAUUCACAACCUCCUUCACUCACACACUCUUUCCUUUCUUCUGCUGUUAUUAUUCUUCCUCUCUGAGGAUCUUAUCGAUCAAUAGUCAGUAAUCUGUAGCUCUGGAUCUUCCUGCUUUCAUCUUUCAUCAUGUUUCAAUAUUUAAUCCAGAUCACACGAGUAACAGACUGUUGAUCUGAACAUCAGAUCAGAAAACAAGUGCAUUUAUUCAUCUUAAACAUGUGAUGAAGAGUUAAAAUAAAUCAUCUUAAUCAUAUCUGACCAAUGAGAAACAGUGAUAGUUGCACGUUUUCGCGGUCUGAGAAUGACCAUUUAUAAGUGUCCAAAACACACAAAUAUUUGCUUUAUUGUGCCUCUACCUUUCAAUGAAUAUGUUGGGACUCUGUUAAGCCGUGUUUGGCGUUGAGUGUGUACACACACUGUCUCCAUUGUGCAGGUAAGAAAGCAGACCGCCCAGGCAAGACCGUCACACUAGCAACCGUGCAGCAGUGCUCUUGUCAGUGAUCUGUGUGUUUGUGUGUCUGAGAGAAACAGCAGCGACUCAAAUUUUAAACCACUUCAAACUACUUUCAGAGCGUCAGGCUGGACUUUCUCAAGACCACAUCAAAGAUUGUCUAUAAACGUCUUCAUCUACAGUAGUUCGAGCUGCAUGAUAAUAUCAUAUUGUUUGUAGUAUUGCAGCACUGCAAGAGUGGAUUCAACACAUGUUCAGUGCUUGCUGUAAAUGAGACUCACUGAAAUCUCUGACAAAGUCUGAAUCAGUUUCACAACACAUAUUAAUAAUGGCUUGUAUAAACUAACA